AUGCCCCUCCUGCUCCGACGCAUCGCCGGCGCCGUCGCGGCCCCCCUCCGCCGCUCUCUCUGCACGGCGGCCCCGCGCCCUCCCUGGGCCAUGGUGAACAGCCAGGCGGCGCUGGACGCGUCAGGGGCGCCGUCGCGGGGCGCGCGCGCGCUCGUCGACCUCGACACCACCCCGUGCGUCUCCCGCCUCUCCGUCCCCGCUCGCCUCGUCGACCCCCACGGCGACAUGGGUCCCCUCGUGGGCAUCGUCCGCAGCGCCAGCUGCGACGGUCUCCUCCUCCUCGACUUCGUCGACGCCCGCCCGCGCCCCAUAUGGCCACACGAACUCGCCGCGGACCGCGGCGGCGUGGAACCGGACGCCAAGCUCUUCGUCUGCAACCCUCUCAGCGGCCAGCUGGUUCGCCUCCCGGCCCCCGGCAUGGACGUCCCCAAGAUGAGCACCUCCUUCGGCCUGCUCACCCAAUCCCAAGGCCCCCACGGCCCGCCGGAUAGGUACGUGGUCGCUCAGCUCAGCAAAAGCAGUCGCGGGGGAGGGGAGUGCCGCAGGGUCGUUCGCCGGUUUCUGUCCGAGACAGGGGAGUGGGACGAGCGGCCGCUGGUCGGGGUGGUCGAGAUGGAGGCUGCGCGCAGCAUGCUCAUCAACCAUGAGGUGCUAGCGUUGGGCGACCGGCUGUGGUGGGUGGACGUGGCCUGGGGUGCCUGCUCCGUCGACCCCUUCAGCGACCGGCCGGAGCGCCGCUUCGCCGAGCUGCCGCGUUGCAGCGUGCUGCCUGCUUCCGAUUCCCCGAUGCUUCCGACGCUGAGCAGGUACCGGCACAUGGGGGUCAGCGAGGGGAAGCUGCGCUACGUCCAAGUGUCCAACAGAGACGACAGGUCGUGCGUGAUCCUUUCAUUCUCGCUGGAUGACGAGACCUACAGCUGGGCGCUGGAUCAUUCAGCUCAAAUUACAGAUCGGGGCGACCGCUGCCAUGUUCACAUUGCUGCCAUAGAUCCAUUCAAAGCCAACCUUGUGUACCUCCAGCAUAGUGGCACUGUCAUUGCCAUGGACCUGGCUAAGAAAAAGGAGAUUUGGAGGAGUUCCCUUCCACAAGAAAUCUUCUUCGAAAGUUUGCUCCGUGGCAGUUCUCUUGUUCCGUGCGCGCUCCCAACAUGGCUUGCCACAAGCCAGAUCCCCUCUUCUGCAGGAACCCUUUCAACAAGCAACAAGGCCGAUUGCAAAAAGAAGACCUUGGCAGACAUGCUGGUUCGCGUAGACAGCUAA